GCCUAAAGAUGCAGUUAAAGCACUAAAGAAAAAGCUUUCAAAAAACUGUAACCAUAAGGAGAUCAGGCUUACCCUGUCUCUGCUUGAUAUGUGUAUAGAGAACUGUGGCCCCAGAUUCCAGUCUUUAGUUGUGAAGAAAGAUUUCUGUAAAGACAAGCUGGUGAAACUACUGAAUCCAAGAUACAAUCUGCCAAUUGACAUGCAGGAGAGAAUCUUGACCUUUAUCAGGACGUGGGCCCAAGGUUUCCAAGGAAUGGUGGAUGUGAGUGAAGUAAAAGAAGUUUAUCUAGAAUUGCUGAAGAAAGGAGUGGAGUUUCCAUCUUCUGAUGCCAGCAGAGGAGGACUUAAGCCUUCAUCUCAGCCUUCUACAAAGUCAUCGCCGUCUUCUGCUUAUCCUGCAAAACGUUCCUCACUGCCUCUUCCCACAGGCCCAACAUUAUUGUUGACUCCUGAGCAGAUUGGGAAACUGUACAGUGAACUGGAUAUGGCAAAAAUGAAUGUGAAAGUCAUGUCAUCAAUAUUAAAAGAAAAUGUUCCUGGCUCUGAAAAUCCGGAUGAUAUGAAUCUUUUACAGAAACUGUAUAAGACCUGUCGGAUGAUGCAGGAGAGGAUCAUGGAAUUGUUGGUGACAGUGGAGAAUGAAGAUGUGAUAGUUGAGUUAAUACAAGUAAAUGAAGAUCUGAAUAAUGUCCUCCUGGGACACGAAAGGUUCUCUCGGAACAGAGUUCGGUUUUUGGAGAAUCAGAGAAUACGACGUGAACGCACAGAGCUGUACAGGAAACAGCCAUCUGCUCCCUCAAGUGAUCUACUUGACCUGUCGGUAGAUUCUCCAUCUCCUGUGUCAACAGUGGUGCAAACUGACUCUGCAGUGUCUCCUUCAGGCCAUUGCGUAUCUGCACACCCUGAAGAUAAAAACAGUCAUCAUCCAUCAAUUUAUCCACAGCUUGAUUUAACAACUACUACAAAAGCCCAGCAAUUCCCAUUUGCAACUGAAGCACAAAACAAUAGCGUGAGCAACCCAGCUGGACAUUCAUAUAACAAUAUGGCAACUCUUUUAAGCCCAGUGCCUCUGAACCCAGUAAAUAUGCAGACUGAACAUGCUACGUCAUUAAAUGGACCGUCACUAGCAGCUGCAUCAAAGAACAAGUCACAGUCAAGUCAUUACUAUGAGAUAAUGGAAUUUGAUCCCUUGGCUCCCACUGAAGCUGUUUAUGAAGAAAUCGAUGUUGUGCUGAAGACAGAAGUUAAAAAGAGUACGGAAUGCUGA